UCUACACACACUUAAUGUUUCGAUUGAUAAACGUCUCAAGCAAUCACGGAAGAUUUUAUAAAUCGCCCUCCAGUGUCGCAGUUAAAUUAUCAGUAUGUCCAAGAGGGUGAGCAUCGUGUUGCCGGAGGAGAUGCCUUCGGCUCCGUCGGUCAGUAGGAAGCCGCCAAAGAAGAACCUCACCGUCAAGAGUUCCAUCAAGAGCGGCUCCAGCGUUCGGACGGACAUUGUGCCCCCCGUGUUUGUUGUCGUUAGUCCGCAGAGUAGUCAACUCUCGAUGACCUCCAGUCAGCAAAUCAGUACCAGUACGAAUAGCGACAGCUCCCUCAGAAAUUCGGUCAAGGACGAACAUGAACUGAAGGAGGAAGAGUCAUCAAGCAUUGAAGCGCCACCAACCCCGGAAGGCAGCGCCUUGGUCCAAACUGGCUCUUCAAAUUCCCAGCAAUCGGCUAAUUUCGAAUCCGCCACCUCGUCGAUUAAGCAGUUCCUCCGCAGCACAGUCGCGCUCGUUAAAGCAGGUGAAUCUUUCACAUCUGUGAAGCGCCUAUUCCACAAGUUCAUCAAAAAUACCGGUGGCUCGAAUUCCAAUCUUUCGGCACCCCAUGAUUCCUCAACCUCCUCUCAAGGAACUAAGAAGGAUAAUCCCUAUCUUAGCAAGUCUAAUGAUACGCUUCUGUCCGACUUGGGGCUCCAGCCUACGAUUCCCAGCACCUCGCAGAUGACCCCGAGUAUUCACCAUUCCAACUACUCCUUCAAUAACGCGAUGUACGACCGUACAAGUCUUCGUUCUGAUGUUACCCCACUGACGGGCUAUACGCCCAAAACAGAGGAAGCUGGCUACCGAACUGACACUUCAAUGCAGACCGCGUCGAAGAGUCUAGUUCACGACGUGGCCAGCGAAUCAGAGCUUCCUUCGGGAAGUGGAAUGAUUGGGAGUAGGUCACAGUCAAAGGAGCACAGUGCUUUCGAACGGAAAUAUACGAUGUCACCGGGUCAGGUCCGCGAUUUCUUAAGGAGCAGGUCAAGGUCAAGCAGUAAAUCAAUACGCCAGAAAAGGAGAUCCUCCGUCGCCAGUUCACCUAGAAGGACGCCCAAGAUGUCACCCAGAAACGAUCAUGCCACACAUGCAGUGGAACCCGUAUUCGCCUUGGUCAGUUCCUCUGGUCCCAAUUCGGAGGGAGAACGAUCGAGCAGGUCGAGUCGAAGGAGCGGAGAAGGCUCAAGUGGGGCAUCACAAAACAUGACGGUCAGAAAAGCAGUUAGCUCUAUUCUAAAACCGGGCUUAGCCAAGUCUGGGGGCGAGCAAUCCCCCCGAUCAAUUCAAUCGAGGUCAAGCUCUCACCGUAGCUCACGGCGAAGUUCCCGCUCAGGAUCGCGAGCAAGUGCGUCAAAGAUCCCGGACAACCUCCACCAGAAGAAAGAGGUCCUCGACCCCCUCCCCCUGAUGGAGUAUACCUUCACUCUGGUCAGCCCUGAGGAGGAUGACGGUGGCCAGCCGAGGGAGAGCACUGGUGGCGACAUUGAGGACGCCUCCACCAGCUGCCGGACUUACCAGGAGGAUUGCAAAUGUCACCACUGCCAGGACAUGCGACGGGCGGUCAAGAGGGCCGAAUUUUUCCAGUCGCCGGAGGGACAGAAAAGGCUGGAGUCGAAGCUGCUGGCCAAGAACUUCUUCAUGGACCUCUGCGCCCUGUCGGAGGUGCGCAGCCAGAUCAAGGCCGAUCUUCAUGGGAAACGUCGGCAUCCUUCGUCGCGGGUCAGUUACCCGGUGAGCAUUUGCGGAGCCUCCCGCCUGGACGGUGGAUCGCUGUCGCUGCAGUGGUUCGCCCACGACCUGGACAGCGUGGACCACUUUGACUUCUUCGUGGACAACAAGCGGAGUCGAAGUGUUUACAACCUGAGGGCCAAUAGCACCGUGCUCAUCGACGUGAAUGCCGCCGAGACGCACACGUUGCGCAUGAGGGCAGUGCCGACGCGAGGAAGUAGUGGCCAGGAUGCCUUGGUGGAGCAGUUCAUGGCGGAGGUGGCAGCCGGGCACUUGCGGCACGUGCGGCAAGGCCAACUCUUCGCGCGGUGCUUCAAGCACUUGGAUGCCCAACCGCAGCCGCGAACUCUGGUGGACUUCUGGACGGACAGCGAGUACCUGUAUAUGCCCACGCAAUCCCGCUGACUGGCCAAAAUAAACUGAGUUAUGAGCAGCAA